AUAAAAAGUCGUUAGAAGUAGAUAUAAAAAAAAAAAGAGCGGCAAGCUGUUAGUGGGGUCUCAAACAAAUAAUACUAUCUGCUUGAAAAGAGAGAGUGAUAACAACGUGAGGAGGAUCUCUUUUCAAUUUAGCAAAGAUCAAAAAAUGUCGACCGAUUCAAAUUCUUAUUAGCAUUUUAAUUUCCAAGAAAGUCGCACAUAACCAUUAAAGGUUUUAAGUUGAACUCCGAGAUCAACUUCUUCUCCCGUUUGCAGGCUAUAGAAAGUUCCUUUUCAAAUCCAGUUUUAAGUGUUUUUGACUUUGAGAAUCCGUUUCAAUCUGUGAUCUUCAUCUGAUCAGAAAGAGAAGGAAGAGAUGGUCAAGAAAGCGAAAUGGCUGAAGAAUGUUAAGAAGGCUUUUAGCCAAGAUUUAAAGAAACUGAAACAUAAAUCGGUUGAGUAUCAGAAUAGUGAGAUCUCUUAUCCUGUAUUGGUAGCUUCAUCCAGAAGUUCUCCUCCACAGUUUGAGGUCAGAGUUGAUAAGGUCAAACGUAAGAAGAAUCUCUUCCCUCCUCCUCCUCCUCUCCCUCCUCCUCCAGAAGAAGAAGAAGAAGAAGAUGUUAUUGUAGAUUCGCCUCCAUCUUCUCCUGAGUUUGUUCCUCCAGCAGCUAAACCUGAUAGGUUUCCAGGGAAGUCAAGGGAAGAAGCAGCUGCCAUCUUUAUCCAGUCUACAUUUAGGGGUCAUUUGGCAAGAAGAGAGUCCCAGGGGAUUAGGAGGUUCGCCAGACUUAAGUUACUGAUGGAAGGACCGGUUGUACAACGGCAAGCUGCACAUACACUAAAAUGUAUGCAGACUCUCACUCGUGUACAGUCGCAGAUCCGGUCUAGGAGAAUCAGGAUGUCAGAAGAGAAUCAGGCUCGCCAUAAGCAACUUCUUCAUAAACAUGCCAAAGAGCUAGGAGGCUUGAAGAGUGGGGGUAAUUGGAAUGAUAGCAAUCAGUCCAAGGAACAAAUCGAAGCAGGUUUGUUGAAUAAGUAUGAGGCGACGAUGAGAAGAGAAAGGGCAUUGGCCUAUGCAUUCACACAUCAGCAACACUUGAAGGGCAACAUGAGAUCUGGAAACACGAUGUUCAUGGAUCCUAGCAACCCAACUUGGGGUUGGAGCUGGUUGGAAAGGUGGAUGGCUGACAAGCCAUGGGAGAGCUCGGAGAAAGUACAAAGCAAGAACGAAAAGUCAUCGGUUAAGACCUUGACCAACCGUAACUCUCAUGGACUAGAAACCACAAAACCUUCAACCCGUAAGAAGAUCAAUAGCUUGACUCAACCCAAUGUGCCACCAUCAUCAUCAACAUCUACCAUAAAAAACCCGAGAAAGAGCAAACCAAUCCCACCGUCCAUGAAAUCCAAAACCACCGAUGAAAUCACGAAAAGCUCCGAGAAGAACCGUAAACACAACAUUGCAAGGUCAGCGGUUAGUGAUGACGAGGGGUUAUCUAGCUCAACGGCUAGACGUCGCAACAUGGUUCCAACGAAACCAACACGAGGGAAGGUCAAGGCACAGAGCUCAUCAGGCGUCGCUGCUGCCACCACCACGGCAACCACAGAGGAAAAGAAUGGUGUUGUACCUGAGAAAGCACCAGCAAAGAAACGGGUUACUCCUGCACCCAAAGCUAGACGAUCCUCAGCCCCGCCCAAGGUUGAAAACAGUAAUCUAAAGAAAGUGAGAACGCCGAGUGACUAACCGAGGUAUUUUUUUUUUUUGUUGACCAUAGUAUAUAUUCUUGCGCCAAGGAUGGUUUUCUAAGAUUUGUAUCAAGAAACUAUAUGCAAGUGAAGCAAUGUUGGUUUCAAGAUUCUGUCACGAUGAUUUAUUUGUGCAUUGUAAUACUUUUGAUGAAAGUUUUGAGACGGGCUCCAUAAACCAUACUUCACUUUAAGAGUUAAACCACUUCAGUAUUGUUGAUUCGAAUUAAACCAUACAAAGAAAUUUGAAAACCGAAUACAAACCGGUUCUGUUUUUUUUUUCCC